AUAUUUAAAUAUAGCUUUUUAAUGGUGCGUUCAGUGGGCUAAGGUGAACGUUCAACAGCACUGACAAUUCUAAACGAAGGUGAUUUCGUUUUAUUUAAAAAAAAUUUAGCUACCAAGAUGAGCAGCCAGGAAAGCGACACGAGCUGUCUGGGCUCCGUUCCCGCUAAGAGACGCUGCACCGAGACGGAUGACACCACAAUCAUAUUCGCCGAACGCGCCUUGGCUGACAUGGGCCGCCUCUGCAUGAACGAGCUAUACUCGGACGUCACGUUGCUUGUGGAGGAUGAGCGCCUCCCAGCCCACUGCAUGAUUCUGGCUGCGCGCAGUGAAUACUUCCGCGCAAUGCUCUACGGGCCCAUGUGCGAGUCAAUGGAACGCGAAAUACCGAUGGUUGUGCCGUUGGAUGCAUUUAAGGUAAUCCUCGGAUACUUUUAUUCGGGCAAAAUAAGAAUUUCCACACUGGACGUGGUUGCCACACUCAAAGUGCUCGGUCUAGCCAAUAUGUAUGGCUUGGUGGAAGUCGAGUCGGCUUUAUCCGACCAUCUGCAGGAGCAUUUGAAUGUUUGUAACGUGUGCAUGAUUCUAGAUGCAGCGCGCCUAUACCAUCUGGAAAAUCUGACAGGGAAUUGCCUCACGUUCAUGGACAAAAAUGGAUCCGAAAUGAUAGAGCAUGAAUCAUUCCUAACACUGUCCAAGGACUCACUUGAGGAAGUGCUGCGACGGGACACUUUCAUUGCCGACGAGCUGUAUAUCUUUCUAUGUAUAUUGCAAUGGAGUCAACAAAAUCCGAACUCGGACAUAAAGUCGGUGGUCUCGCUCGUGCGUCUGCCGCUGAUGAGUGUCGACCAGCUUUUGGAUAACGUGCGUCCUCGUGGAAUCUUCGGGGCGGAAAAAAUACUCGACGCUAUCAAUGAAGGUAUCACCAUCGACUCGGUGAAUCUGCCCUAUCGUGCCGUCGUGUGUCCAGGGGAGGAUGUUACUUCUUCCGAAAAACAUCAGGCGUCCCGUUCGGUAAUCAACGACAAUGAGAUCUCGAUCGAGCUGAGAUGUUGGUAUAAAAUCAACACAAUCAGUAUUCUAGGUACAUUCGAUCGUACAGUAAAUAGCCUACAAUGCGCCGCGGAGGUCUCUUGCGACAUGACUAAAUGGACUCGCUUGGGAACUACCAGAUUUACAUUAUCGCCCACCUGGCAGAAUAUCAAAUUCACGACCCAGGCUGUUCGCUUCAUUCGUAUCGUGCAUCCAGAGUCUGGACGCAAAAAUAUAUUAAAAUAUGUGCAACUUAAAGCCUUUCUUGACAACACUGAGAACACUGUUCCCUAGAAGACCGAUUUGGACAUGUUUAAAGUAGAGAAUCCUGCCGACUAAAUUCCUGUAAAUGUAAUAUGUUAUAUGUAUAAGUUAUAAAAAUAGCAAAAUAAAGAUUGCUGAUAAUUGUUGUUUUCAAACAACUAUCAACAACUAUGUUCACAAAA